AUGUAUGGACUGCCUGGGCUGGUAACCUGUCUCCUUUGCCAAAUUCCGGUCGUCAAUCUGGCGGAGCAUAUCCAGACGAUUCACGGCGCCAACAGAUUUAACGUCAAGUGCGGCGUGUGUUCAGAACAAUUCGAGAGCAUUGAAUUGUUUAAGAAGCACAUGCCCAAACACACGGGAAAACAAGGCGAGCAAAUUUUCAAGUACAAAUGCAAGAGUGCCAGGUGCCGACAGCGAUUUGCCAACAAGAGCCACCUCAUUAAACACAUCAUUCACAUCCACAAGAAUAAACCAUUUCCUUGCGAGUUCUGCAACGAAAUUUUGAUCGGAAGAUCUAAACUCUUGGUCCACAUGAAAGAUUUCCACAAAAAUAAAUUGGCCGCUCCUGAAACUCUGUGCGACCCCGAGGGUCAAAUGUUUUGCCAAUUCUGCCCCGAGAGGUUUCUGACGAGAGAAAAUUUAGAAAAGCAUGUUUUGCUGCAUUUGGAGAGCCUCCGAGAGAUGGGCAAGCCCCACUGCUGCAAACCAUGCGACUUCGUAACUGGAACUUACAAAGUUUUUCUCCGCCAUUUGAAAAAGUGGCACAACAUGGAGAGGAAAAUUGUUCCCAAAACCGAUUGUGACAUUUGCGGAAAAGUGUUCAAAGUCCGCGAAACUUUGCAAAGUCACUUGAGGAAUCAUGUUCGCUGUGAACCGAGUAAGGCGCCAGUUACUUGUGAUAUCUGUGGAAAGAUUCUACUCAAAUGUUCACUCUCGAGUCACAAAAAAUAUCUCCAUGAGAAUAUUUCGCUGGUCUGCGAAAUUUGCGACCAAAUCUUCAUCAGCGAAAACUCUCUGAAAACCCACAUGCAUUGCCAUUCUGAGAUGGAGUUCAACUGUGGGCACUGCGAAUACAAAUCUCAUCGGAAAAAGUUCUUGGAAAAACACAUUGAGCGCCACAUGACCAAAAAGGUCAAAUGCAGCGUUUGUAGCUCAUCAGUUUUGGAUCUGAAGACGCACUUAAAUAGAUGCCACGACCCAAAAAAGAAGAUCCAAUGCUAUAUUUGCGACAGAAACAUUUCCUGCGACCCUCAAUCGGCCGAGGCGCACAUAAAUAGGCACCUGGGACUUUGA